CAUAAUUGUUAUGCUCGUGCUACUGAAUCAUAACGUGAAUUUUCUGUGCAGUGACCUUUCAUUCAACCAGUUUACAGAUCGUAACACCGCCUUAAGUUGUCAACGAGGAAAUGUGAACUUGUACGGAAACUUGCCAAGUCUCAAUGCAACUGGAACUGUUUCUUGCUUGGGAAGCUCCAAAUGUCCACGAAAUCUGUCCUAUCUGCAUAUAAACUGUGGCGGAAGUGAAGUUCUUGAUGGUGGAAACAGAUAUGAGGAUGAUACAAAUUCAGGUGGACCUUCAACUUCAAGUUUUCCCCCAGGAAAUAAUUGGGGGUUUAGCAGCAUUGGUCAGUUCUUGGAUGACAGCAAACCCGAAGACUCAUAUAUUUAUCGGAACUCCUCAAGUCUCUCUGCAAACACAUCUAAGUUGUACAUGGAUGCACGACUCUCUCCCCUUUCUCUGACUUAUUAUGCGAUCUGUCUGCUGAAUGGGAACUACAAGGUGGACCUUCACUUUGCAGAGAUCAUGUUUACAGAUGACCGAACUUAUAGCAGCCUCGGGAGGCGCAUAUUUGAUAUAUAUAUUCAGGGAAAUCUGGAGAAGAAGGAUUUCAAUAUUGAGGCUGCAGCUGGGGGAGUUGGGAAUGAGACAUACAAAGACAUGGACCGAAUGGCUGCUUUUGAGAGGGCACUCAAUACUUCGGCUGGGUGGGUGGACUCUAAUGUUAAUUCUACCAGCACUAAGGUUUUCUUUCAAGGGAUUUCUCCAUCUCAUUACAAGUAA